GCGCUGUGGGCGGGGCGCCGGCGCGGCGCGUGCGCAGUUCGGGUCCGGGGGGGGCGAAUCGGGUCCGUGUCGGUGGCGCGUCCUCCGCCUGUCGCGACAUCAGGGCGGCGAUAAUGGUGGAUUACCACAGCGCGGGGCAGCCCCACCCGUACGGCGGCAACGGGCCCGGCCCCAAUGGCGACUACAUGGCCCAGGAGGACGAUUGGGAUCGGGAUCUGCUCCUGGACCCCGCCUGGGAGAAACAGCAACGCAAGUGCACCAAAACCCUCCAAACUGCACCCAAAACCCUCCAAACUGCAACCAAAACCUUCCAAACUGCACCAAAACCCUCCAAACUGCAACCAAAACGCUAUAAAGUGCACCCAAAACCUUCCAAACUGCACCCUGUACCCUGCCCUGACCCCGUUCCCGUUGCAGGGGAGCGGCUCCCGAAGCCGGAGCGGGGCAAGAUGAGGGUGCACAARAUCAACAACGUCAACAAAGCCCUGGACUUCAUCGCCAGCAAAGGCGUCAAACUGGUGUCCAUCGGCGCCGAGGAGAUCGUGGACGGGAAUGCCAAGAUGACGCUGGGCAUGAUCUGGACGAUCAUCCUGCGCUUCGCCAUCCAGGACAUCUCUGUGGAAGAGACCUCGGCCAAGGAGGGGCUCCUGCUCUGGUGCCAGCGGAAAACGGCUCCGUACAAGAACGUCAACGUCCAGAACUUCCACAUCAGCUGGAAGGACGGGCUGGCCUUCAACGCCCUGAUCCACCGGCACCGCCCGGAGCUGAUCGAGUACGACAAGCUGCGGAAGGAUGACCCCGUCACCAACCUCAACAACGCCUUCGAGGUGGCCGAGAAGUACCUGGACAUUCCCAAGAUGCUGGACGCCGAGGACAUCGUGAACACGGCGCGGCCGGACGAGAAGGCCAUCAUGACCUACGUGUCCAGUUUCUACCACGCCUUCUCCGGGGCCCAGAAGGUACCGGGACCCUGCGGCCGUGCCCAGCCCCGGAAUCUUCCUCGGAUCCUCCCUCUGGAAUUCUCUCUCCGCUCUCACGCCCACUUCUCUUCCAGCCACGGCCGCUGUCGCUCGGGGGGGCUCCGGGACCACCCCAGCUGGCUCGUGGGGGGCUAAAUCUGCCUGGAAUUC